UAAACAGUCUCAGGUAGCUAGGUUCGAGCCGACGGAGUCCAUCGAACAAAGUAAAGUCAUGGUAUUCGACGUGUGAGAACAACAAAAGUGACGUUUCGCGUGCCAAGUCGGACUGAAGUCGCGACGCGAAGAUAUAGAUCGCAUGUGUCCCUGUAACUGCGGCCGGCCCGCCCCUACAGACGCGAAGCCUCGCUAAGUUCAUCUUUCAUCAGCAUCUCCAGAGCUGGUUGGAUCUCUUUACCAGUUGACCCCAUCGUCUUUGUUAGUAGACGCACCAGGAAGGAGUAGGCAACGAGAGAGGAUGGGCUCAUAUGCGUUUCCUGUCGGGUCUCAGCCAAACUUGGCUGACUUUAUCCGGCCACACAUCCUCAAGAUGAAGGCCUUCGUAUCACCCACAAUCGACGAUGGCCAAGCACGAAAAGGCAUCCUGCUGGAUGCCAACGAGAGCGCUCUCGGUUCAUGUCUGGCAGCCAGUCAAUGGAAUCAGUGGGACACGGCACCAAAGGGAAAGGGGACAGGCGACGAUGAUGCCGCUGUGUUGGCGCUCUCAAACUCCCUGGGCCUGCAUCGGUAUCCGUCCGCUUCGCUCCUGAGUCUGAAGAAACAGUUGGCGGCGUCCAGAGGCUUGCCGGCCUACUGGGCUGGCAAGAUCACCUUCGGCGUGGGUUCUUCUGAUCUGGUAGACACGUUGAUACGUGCUACCUGCGUUCCCUCUCGAGACGCCAUUCUCAUCACGCCGCCGACCUUCCCCCUCUAUGCCAUGCGGGCUCAGCUGGACGAGGUUCGCGUGCUUACGUCCUGGCUCCGACUUGAUGGCGGUGACUUUUAUCUGGACGAGGACGAGGUCAUUGGCAUUUUGAGAGAGAACAACGUCAAGCUGACGUUCCUCGCCUCGCCCGGUAACCCCACAGGGACUUUGAUCCCGCUGACGAGCAUAAGAAAGAUCUUGGAGAGCGGAGCACUCAAGGGCUUGCUCGUCGUCGAUGAGGCAUACAUCGACUUCGCCGCCGGCGCAGAAAGGAGCUCGGCCGUAUCACUCAUGGAAGAGUUCCCUCAUCUAGUGAUCCUUCAGACGCUCAGCAAAUCUCACGGACUCGCCGGGUUGAGGCUCGGAGUGCUGUACGCGCAUGAGGCCAUCACGGAAGUGCUCAAGAAGGUGCAGGUACCGUUUGCCAUCCCCUCGCCCUCGGCGGCCAUCGCCAUGGCGGCAUUGUCACCUGCGAGAGAGGACGCCCGAAGAGCUCUGGUGGCUAGCGUGGUGCAGAACCGGACGGAGCUUGUGCGGGCCUUCAGUUCGCCGUCAUUCCGAACCCUCGGCGCUGGCCCACCUAUUGGAGGCAACUCUGCGAACUUUGUAGUGCUGCCGGUUUGGGCGCGUCCCAGGGAGGAUGAUCCAGACGAGUCUGAACGACAGGACGACGGGGUAAAGGUGCCCGACGGAAGUCGCGCUACGGAGGUGUGCGAGCUCCUGCGUUCUCGGCAUGAUAUCGCUGUGCGCUACAUAGGAAACAACCCCGGGUGCAGUGGAUGUCUGAGGGUGACCGUGGGCACAGCUGAGGAGAAUAACUUGCUUAUCCAAGGAUUCCUAGACGUUUUGAGGAUGUGCGGUUAGGGGAUUUGGGGGAAUAGUUUUGCCGUUGGAGUUAGCCAUCUUUCUUCAGUCUGUUCGGUUUGCCUAGCAUCUGAAGAGUUGAAGAGACAGACGAUUCUCUCAGUACAGCCAGAGUGUAUACUUCGGAUUCAACCUCGGAUUCAACCUCGGAUUCAACCUCGGAUUCAACACUCGCGUCUUAUAUAGACUGAGUGUUAAUCCAAGACUGUUACUUAUUCCUGAUGGAAUGCCGUUGCUUGGUGGGAAUCAUGAGGGGGC